CGCAGCGAUAACUUCAAAAGGAAAAACUUCAUAAAUUAAUUGUUAAAUUUAUGAAAAGCGAUGUAUCUUUUAGAAAAAGAAGUAAAUCAUAUGAGCAAUUUUCUAAUGAGAUUUUGUUCUAUAGACAAAUUUUACCAUAUUAUGAAAAAAUAUUAAGCAAAUCUUUGAAGGAAUCGUCAAUUGAUGUCAAAAAUUGGGUUGCACCUAUAUUUUAUGCUGAAUUUGGUCUAAUUCAAGGUUUAAGUGAUGGCAAAACAAAUGAAUCUGUAUUAGUUUUAGAAAACUUAAAAUCUUUAGGUUAUAGAGGUGGUCCCAAAUUUUUUUUAGAUCGUCAACAAUUGUUAUUGUCUAUUGGAAUGUUAGCUGAAUAUCAUGCAUUCAGUUAUGCUAUGAAAAUAAAUAAGGAUAGAAUGCUUCAAGAAUUUAUUGAAAAAAUAAUUCCACUACCAUUUAAAACACUAAAAAAUACUACACAACAAUCAAAAACUAUAGAUUAUUCGAUACAACAGCAUAGAAAAUUAAAUGAGGAAAAAAUGCAAAAUGAUAAAAAGAAACAGGAAAUUGGCGUCACUAAUAAUAUGUUAGAAGUUGAUGUGGAAAAUGUCAUCAAAAAUCAAAAUGUUCUUAAAAGAAAAUUCCCAACAGAUGUGAAUCAUGAAGGAGAUGUUUUAAAUUUUACUACAAAAUCUUGUAUUUUAUCUGCAAAUGAUAAAACGGAUGAUGUAAUAAAAAAUGCCAAUGCGAGUAUUGGUGAUGGCGAUGAUGAUGAGGAUCAAAACAGCAGUAAUAGUAAUAUGAAUGAUGAUGCAAAUAGAAAGAAUGAAAAUAAAAAUGAAAAAAAUGUUACUAUUGAUAACCAAAACGGAAAUAAUUUAUAUGAAAUUUUCUAUAGAAAUGCAUUCGAUAGAUUUUUUAUGUUUAUUGAAAAAUUAAAAAUUAUAAAAUCUAAUAAUCCUGCUAAAAAAACUGAUCAAGAUAUAAAU